CCCUCUUGCAAAAUUGACCCUUCAUAGUUUGUUCCGUCCAUAUCCUAAAAAGGGUCUCUAAAAAGGCCACAAAAUCCCCAAAACCCAAUCAAAUUUUCUUGAGUACAACAACAAUGGCUGCCACUACAGCUGCCAUGUUCACCCUUCCAAAGCUCUACAAAUCCUCCAUUAACCCAAAAACCAUUUCCCUUUUUUCCCCAAAAUCCACUCUUUCUUCUUCUUUUUCCAUUUCAUCUGUUCCAUUCAAGGUACAUCACUCAAAGCGCAACGCACAACCCCUUUCAUACACCACUCCAAGAAUCUCCGCCGCAAUCUCCGUCGGAGACAAAUUACCCAAUUCCACACUUUCCUACUUCGAUUCAUCUGAUGAACUCAAGACCCUUUCCGUCACUGACCUCACAUCUGGGAAAAAGGUUGUUCUUUUCGCUGUCCCAGGUGCAUUUACACCAACAUGUUCACAGAAACAUCUUCCUGGUUUCGUGGAGAAGUCGAAGGAGCUAAAAUCGAAAGGGGUUGAUACAAUUGCUUGUAUUUCGGUUAAUGAUGCUUUUGUGAUGAAAGCUUGGAAGGAGAAUUUGAACAUUGGUGAUGAAGUUUUGCUGUUGAGUGAUGGGAAUUUAGAGUUUACAAAGGCAAUUGGGUGUGAACUUGACCUUACUGAUAAGCCUAUUGGACUUGGUGUUAGGUCUAGAAGAUAUGCUAUGCUUGUGGAUGAUGGGGUUGUUAAGGUGUUGAAUUUGGAAGAAGGUGGAUCUUUUAAUGUUAGCAGUGCAGAAGAUAUUCUCAAGGCUCUUUAGAGGUUUAGUUGUGUUUUUCUUUUCUUGUUUCUUUCUUUUGAGGGAAUGUUGAUGAUAAUCAUGAGGCUGAAAUGUUGUUUUCAAGUGUUUGAUUACUAGUCUUUGUGAUGAAUAAUACAGAUGUCUUCUAAGAUUAUGAACCUUAUUAGUUAAAGCCCUUUUUUUUUGUGUUU